GUUUCGUUUUGGUUUGGGAGAGUUCGGACAUGGGGUUCGGGAGCUAGUUGCUAGUUGUGGUAGCGAACUUUCCAUCGCAGGGUAACCACCGUGUUCAUUGCUGCCUAAAUUAUGGCUACACGUUCAGCUGGUGAAGACAUCCGCAAGGUCUUGUUCAAAGAGAAGUCGCAGUAUGUCAUCGGCACUGUAGCUUCUCAGAAGACUUCUGACCUACAAUCAACGAAGGUGGGCAUACAGUUUGAACACGACGUCGAAGUCAGCCUGAGCUCGUUGGAGAAAGAACUGCACGAGCAAAGGCUCCAGAAGUUGCGAGCAAUAAGCGAAAAGCUCAAAGAGGAUGCCUGGAAGUACGAGCCGAUCGAGAAACUUCUUGGCAUGUAGACAUCAAUUCAUAAUUCAACCUCAUGCCACCUUGUCUGUGGCAUCACUGCUGUUUUCCACCACCUCAUCCAUUCAUCUGCUACUAAACAGCACAGGUCUUCACAGCAACAUCACCAGUAGGGUGUGAGCACCUAUACAUAAUGACAAAGCAACUGGCUUCACAUGUUCACCGAGGGCGUUUCAUCCAUUUGUGACCUGCACGGACGGUGUGCAUCGCCAUGCCUUCCCACAUGCAAAGUCAGGGCUGUACUCGCAGCUCAGCAAGAACUGUAAAUACAGAAUUCCUGCUUGUUUUACAGCACAGACAUGUCACACUGUGAUUCAAUAAAGUUCUCAUAUACUGUACUAAGAAA